UGCAAAUAUAUGGCCUAACAGUGUUGUCUUGAAACUGUGUUAAUCAGGUUAAUGUCGCUAUUCUUGAAAGCAUGUCUGGUGCGGUAAAGUAUGUAAAAGCGGACAGCUGCUCUUGUGCCAACUUUAACAUGUGACCGCACUAUUCCCAGUGUUGACUCUGGUUAAAUAUAGACACUGGCCAGACUGAAGCUUCAAGAGGGAAGACCAUGACAAUCACAGAGGGAUAAUUACUUCAAAAUCAGUUCUUUCAACACAGAUCACACUUAUUGGAAUUGUCAGAGGACUUUUGAUAUUGAUACAGCAAUGGGCGCUAACUUGGCACAGACAUGGUAUAUAGAAGCUGGAAGGACAAUAUGACCAAAUGAGAGUGGCUAGCAAAAUGUGUGUAUGAAGUGAUAUUUGGGGCUCUGUAUCAUCAUGACGGGGCUCACGGUGUGCUAUGGGACAGUAAACUCCGUCAAGGCUCUGUGGGAAAACCGGAUAAAGAAAAGCAAAGAUGAACUGAAGAAGGAGAACGAACAGAGAGACAGGAGAGCAGUGGGUAGGUUAACAGGUGCCUGGGAGGAUCGUAUCACUUUGGCCAAGCUAAAGGAAAAAGUUGUGACUGAGGAAGGACGUGUCAUCCUUAGGAUUGAAAAGGAGGAGUGGAAGACUCUUCCUCCAGCUCUGGUCCAACUCUCCCAGAUUCAAGAAUGGCAGAUACACCGAACAGGACUUCAAAGAAUUCCACGGUUCAUCUCAAGCUUUGAGUCUCUCAUAGUCUUGGACUUAUCUCGUAAUUCAGUCACGGAGAUUCCCAGAGAGAUUGGCAAACUAACUCGGUUAAGAGAGCUGUUGUUGAGCUAUAACAGAGUGAGUUACGUACCAGAAGAACUUAGUUGCUGUGAAAAUCUGGAGAAACUGGAACUUGCAAUGAAUCGAGAUCUGGAUGAGCUGCCCACCCAGUUUAGCAAUCUUAAGAAGCUGUAUCACUUGGACCUCUCCAUGAACCACUUCACCACCAUUCCAGAUUGCGUGGUCAACCUUCCUUCUCUUGAGUGGCUAGACAUGGGCAGCAACAGUCUGGAAAGGUUGCCAGACGAUAUUCACAGAAUGGAGAAACUUCAUACCCUGUGGCUCCCGAGAAAUGAACUAGAGUACCUGCCAGACAACAUCAGCCGCAUGCAAAGCCUGGACACACUAGUUCUGAGCAAAAAUAAACUACGAGACAUUCCUCCACUUAUGGAGGGCAUGAGUAACCUCAGGUUUGUGAAUUUCCGAGACAAUCCUUUGACAUAUGAGGUGACGCUUGCUGAUUUAAAAGAGGAUGUAGACGAGGAAGAGAAUGAUAGGGAGAUGUUUGGUCGCGAGUUCAUGCACUACUACAUCCAAGAAGCCCGGAAAAGAGGAUCCCAAACUUUCACGUCAUUGCUAAAUGUGACGCUGGACGGCGUGUCUGAGACAGCAUCGUCUUUGUGACUUGCAUGCUGGCUUCUGUCUGCUCACCUGCCUUUUGGACUGAUCUUUCCGGUCCAUCAUGUCAAGUAUUGUCCCCUCUCCCAAGUCCUGUGAAGAGUGCUUCUUUCUUUUAAAUGUUUUGUUGCCUGUCAUUUUUUGGAGUGCUUCUUCCUGCUAGUAUGUCAUAUACGUAAUGUUUGUGGAUGAACUAAAAUAAAAUAAAAAAUCCAUAAACAUUGAUAAAAUAAAAUGAAGCAUAUGUUUCCUGCA